AUGGUAGACGUAAAGACAGCAGCUGCUAUCAAUGCCCAAGCAGCAUUAAGGAACUAUUUAGUCGAGCCUGUAAUUGAUUAUCGCACUGUGAUUGGUGUGGAAGGGCCAUUGGUCAUUCUAGACAAUGUGAAGUUUCCAAAAUACGCAGAAAUCGUGAAUGUUCACCUUGGCGAUGGAUCUACAAGACGUGGUCAAGUUCUUGAAAUCGCUGGCAAGCGAGCUGUUGUGCAGAUCUUCGAAGGCACGUCAGGAAUUGAUACUGUCAAUACUAAAUGUGAGUUCACUGGAGAUACAAUGAGGAUGCCUAUCUCUGAAGAAAUGCUUGGAAGAGCAUUUAAUGGGUCAGGAAACCCUAUUGACAAAGGCCCAAGAGUGCUAGCAGAAGAAAUGAUCAACAUUCAAGGCCAGCCAAUUAAUCCCUUCAUGAGGACUUAUCCUAAAGAAAUGAUCCAAACUGGGAUUUCAGCUAUUGACGUUAUGAACUCUAUUGCCAGAGGCCAAAAAAUCCCUCUGUUUUCUGCAGCUGGUCUCCCUCACAAUGAAAUCGGAGCUCAAAUUUGUCGUCAAGCUUCUCUCGUCAAAGGAAAAGAUACCCAGGACCACUCCAAAGAAAAUUUCUGUAUCGUCUUCGCUGCUAUGGGUGUUAACACCGAAACUGCAAGAUUUUUCAGGACUGAUUUCGAAGAGAACGGGUCUAUGGAAAGAGUCGCUUUGUUUAUGAACCACGCCUAUGACCCAACAAUUGAAAGAAUUAUUACACCUAGGCUGGCUCUAACAACUGCUGAAUAUUUAGCCUACGAGAGAGAGCUGCAUGUCUUGGUCAUUAUGACUGAUAUGAGUUCUUAUGCAGACGCCUUGAGAGAAAUUUCAGCUGCAAGAGAAGAAGUCCCUGGUAGAAGAGGAUACCCAGGGUAUAUGUAUACAGAUCUUUCAACUAUCUAUGAAAGAGCAGGAAGAGUUGAAGGCAAAAAUGGUUCAAUCACCCAGUUCCCUAUCCUAACUAUGCCUAAUGAUGAUAUCACACAUCCAAUCCCAGAUUUGACAGGGUAUAUUACUGAAGGACAAAUUUUCAUCGAUAGGCAGUUGAACAACAGACAAAUUUACCCUCCAAUUAAUGUGCUGCCAAGUCUUUCCCGUCUAAUGAAGAGUGCUAUUGGCAAAGGAAUGACCAGAGAAGACCACCCUGACGUCUCCAACCAGCUUUACGCAAACUAUGCCAUUGGCAAGGAUAUUCAAGCCAUGAAAGCAGUUGUCGGUGAAGAAGCUUUGACCAGCGAAGAUUUGCUGUAUUUAGAAUUCUUACUCCCCCCCCCUCCGUGAGCGAACAAAACCAUUAGAAAAAUCGCCAUUUUUUUGACCAAAAACCCACCCUCCGUGAGUGAACAAAAAUUUUUUUAAUAGAAAAAAUUUUAAUGGAAAAAAAUUUUGAUAUAUAAGUGAUAAUUAGUAUAAUGAAAUCUAGAGCUAAUUCUGUUUAAUUUUAAACAAAUUGCGUUUUAAAACAUAAAUUUUGCAAAUUAAAUUAAUAUUUGCUUCCCAAUUUUUGCAAAUUAGGAUUUUUUUAAAUUUCGAAAAAAAUAUUUUUUUAUAAAAUUUAUAUAUAAAAAUUUUUUUAAAAAAAAAAAAUUAACCCCCCCCCGUGAGCGAACAAAAUUUUUUUGUUCGCUCACGGAGGGGGGGGGGAGUUAGAAAAAUUCGAAGGCAGAUUUUUGACUCAGUCGAUCAACGAAAACAGGCACAUUGAGGACAGCUUAGACAUAGCAUGGAGUUUGUUAAGAAUUUUCCCUAUAAACAGCUUGAAGAAGAUUACGAACGAAGAAAUGAGGAACAAGUAUUAUUCCAGAGAACAUCACUUCGAAAGAGUUCGCCAAGAAGCAGAAGACCUCAAGAAGAGAGUAAAAGGCGAUUAA